CCAUCGCCGUCAACCUUCACACGUCGACUGCGCUUUGAAGCACAUUUCCGUCUGCAGGACUGCAUCCAAAGAAAAGGGGCCAGCUUUCGACGGACGUCUUCGACUUCUUCGUUGGGUGUGGAAGGACGACUUACACGACAGCGGAGCUACGGGUCCGUGUCCAGGUCGCGACUAUGGAGGGCGGCGGAGAGGGUGGACGUGCGGUGUUGACACCUCUUGAGCUGCAGGCCGUGGCGGCGGCCGUGUCUACCGUUGUUCUUCGAUGUCAGCAGGAGAGGGCGCUGGGACGACUGAAGGAGCAGUUGCACGCGCGUAGACAGAGGACAUUGAUGCAAGCUCCAGACGAUGGCCCCGACUACGUGGCGACCUCGGAGGCUGUUGUUCAGCUGUGCUACGCGUUGGGUCGCGGAGUGAUUCCUCGAGCGACGCCGAGGUGGUGGAUGAAGCGCAGGACAGGGAGCUGCCGGUCUGCCAUUGGUCAGUCGUCGAUCCAUCCUGUCGCCGUUCUUGGAAGAUCUCCUUUUGUGAGCCGCGACAGGGAGCAGGCCGACGAAACACACGUGGAAGAAGACAACGAUGAGAAGCAGCACGACGAGGAGGAGUAGCAGAGGCAGCCUGUGCAGCAGGUCGCCCAUGUUAGGACCGUGGAAAGGGCAGCAGCUCCACCCGUUCCCUCUUUUUCGUUGCUGUGAUAUCCAAAUUGUUCCCUCUCUUUCGUUGCAGCCGUUUGCGCCCUUCGCGGACGUGCUGCCACGACACACACACAAAAACGCGGGCAAAAUAUUUCGGCAUCCGCGCCGACCUCGGAAAUAUGUGGGAUCUCAAAGCUACAGUAGAGGUGGGCUGUAGUGUAGAGGUGGCAUCAGACCCUUAGACCCGAAUCUUUCGGCGGGCUGUGGGUGGGCUCUCCGUGGAAAGGUGGAGUAUUUAGAUCCGAAUCUGUGAGUGGGCUGUGGGUGUGGGCUGUGGGUGGCCUGCAUGAGAGCGACGAGAACAGUGGAACUGGAAGGUUGCCGUGAGGCUGUGGACAGGCGGCGUAUUGAGAUCCCGAAGUCUGUGGUUGUGUGUGGGGUUUCCACGAGAGCCAAGAGGUGAGUGCAGGAAGGGUGACACUGUGGCUGUCCACAUCUUGACACGUGGUGGGCGGUCGCGAUGACUUGGGGCGCGGAGGGUCUCCCGGGGAGACAGAGACAUGGAAGCGCCAGAGGACGAGUCCCAUUACUCGCCGUACUGCUGGUCAUGAUUGUUCUUGUCCAGCUGACUUACACAGCAUCCGCUACAUGCGCUGCUGGCAACGGCAUCGGGCAUCGGUAUCCGGAGAACAAGGCGGACUGCAGCAGGUGAGCCAUCCUGAAUCAUCAAUCAAACGUGUGGCCAUAG